AAUGGAUAAGUAUAAGAACUGGAAGUAUCAACAUUUAAAUAAGUAUGUCAGAACUCCUUCCACAGGAAAUCGUUCUGUAAGUUCUCAUUGCGUUAAGGGGCCUGCAAGGCAGGCCCCUGGGGUAAUUUUGAAUACAAAGAAUUCCUCCUGAGUGGGAAAUUCUGAGAAAAGUCAGACUGAAGGUCGAUUCCUUUUGAAUAAAGGACAGAAAGACUUGCAGAAAGACAUGAAGACAAAUAGCCCUGAAAACGAAGAGGCUUGAAGACCUCUAGCAUCAAAAAAGACUCUUGAAGAGAACAGAAGGAAACUAUACACCAGUGGAGCUACUAAAAGAAUAAAACAUCAUUUCGCUAUUUUAGACAGGUUUGAAGAUUUGUUUUCCAAGUUCAAAAUUUAGUAAGAGAGGAGCUUUGAGUUUUAAACGAUCUAAAAGAACUUCAAAGCGAAGUCAUUCAACUCUCCGGGUUUAUAGCAAUUUCUCAGGACGGAUGAAGUCCAAGCAUCAGCUAAUAAGGGACAAGGAAAGUGACUCCAGGACCUCCUUGGAUCACUUAACAUUUAACCAAAUCAAACUUGAACGGAUCAAACAAGAACGCUUGAUUGAAGAGGCUCAAAAGAGAUGAAUGGCCCUCCAAGGAAAUCAUGAUUAUAUAGAGAAUAAGGUUGAUUUUCAUAUAAAGACUUCUUUUACAGCUGCUAAUUCUACUAAGAUGGAUGCUAAACUUGGUAAGGCCAGGAAUAGCUUUGCUAAUAUCACAAAAAGGAACGAUCUGCUAACCUCGGAGGGUGAAAAUAAGUCUCAAGAACAACCCCCAGCUGAGCUACAAAAUCUUGAUCCAAGAGAGGACCCAGAGUUAUCAAAAGGAGUGAAUAACAGCUUCUCCCCUGUGUCAAAGACAUUCAAUGCAGGUCUUGGUAGGAGUAAAUAAGUCUGUCUGUCCCUCAAAGAUGAAGUUGAAGUGUCUGGCUCUUCAACAAUAUGAGAUAAAGAGACAGCGAGCACAUAAAAUAAGAGCCCAGAGUGUCCUGUAUGAUAGGAUUUCCAAGAGAAGAUCUAAACAAGAGAGAAAGAGAAAAGAGAAACAAAGGAAAUUAGUCCAAUCAAUGCAAGAGAAAUCUAGAAUUAUUAUUGAACAAAAAUAGAAAAGCUAAGUAUGAUGAACUCAAGCUUCAGGAAUGGACUACCAUUCAGGAUGAACUCUCUACACUAGCAAAAAGGAAAGCUCAGAUGGCAAGGAUAACAAAAAUGCAAAAAAGGCUUAAGGAUAAAAUUAAAACAAAGCAUAGUCAGUAUUCAGAAAUAAUCGAAAACUUUUAAAGCAUUCGUAAAUCACCUCAAAAUUAUCAAAAUUCAAA